CAAAACUGCUAACACCGCGGGGCGCGCUAGGGGUGACUAAAUGCCUCGUGGCCGCGAGACUUAUAAAAAACUCGUGAAAUCAGGUCCUUAUCCCCAAAUCAGCUCAAACCUUGACCUAAUUCUUCUUCUUAUUUCGACGGCGACCACAUAUCAACACCUACCACCACUGAUUUCUUCCGUUAAUCACCACCAUUCUACUCAAAAUCACCACCAUAACAUUCUCACACCAUCUACAUCCAAAAUCUUCCAUCAAGCUCUCAUUUUUUCACCAUUUUUCAAGAACUUUUCAAGGGUUUUUAAGCUUGAGCGGAAUUUCUUAAUUUUUACUGCUUAGAUAGACGAAAAGAAUUUUUUUACGGGGUGUCAGGUGAACGAUCAUCGAGUGGGGCAGCCGGUAAAAGUAGAAGAGGGCCACCACAAAGGCCGAAAGGGGACCCGACAAUACAACAAUAUACGCUAGAUUUCGGGAAACAAAAAAAUCAGAUAUCUUACAGCUGAUGUUAUUCCUCACGGGAGGAGUACUAGGAUCAGGGAUAGUCCGUUGUUAUAGUUUAAGUUGGAUACGACGGAGUAUCAGAGGUUGGGUGAUUUGAUACAGGUCGAUUUGUUACCGUUUAGGAGGAUAGAUUGGGAGUUAUUAGAUCAUAUCGAUCAGCGAGAUAGGAUAGAGUUCUUACUGGGAGACAAGUUUAGGGCUGCUUUAGAUUGUGAUGCCAGCCUAUACAAAGAGUUGACUUUAAAUUUCAUGCUAUGUUUCAGUAUAGCCAAGGCAAUUAUGGGCAGUAUAAUGCGGUGUCAUUCUCUUUAGGCAGACAUGUUUAUGAGAUGAGUAUGCCUCAGUUUGCGGUUGCGACACAACUAUAUACACAAGAAGAGGUACAGUCACCGGCAUUUGUUUCGAGUCUACGGUGUGUAUUUGCAAAGCAGCAUCAUCAUAGUUUACUAAAGGGGGAUCUAGCAAGGUUUUGGAGUACGACAUCCACCGUUCCGUUUUUGGCCAAUUUGGUAGCGUCUGAUAUUACUGAUCCAGUUUCUAGGUUUAUAGACAAGAUUUUGACGACUACUUUAGUGAGUUGAGCGUCGGGUCAAAAUAAAGUGAACCAAGUGGAGUUGUUUUGUCUCAUGUGCAUGGUAGACCAGAGGCUGGCGAACGUAGCUAGUGUGUUAGCGUGGUCAAUGAAGCGUAUAUGGAGGGGUGGACCGGGGGCGAGUAUUUAUUGUGGCUCGUAUGUUACAAAGUUGGCUGAGAGUUUAGGUGUGUUUGCUAGGUAUGAGGCUAGGUUUAUGAGAGAGGGACCGGUCCCAUGUUUGAAGGCUUCAAGUAUCUUGACAUUGAUCGAGCCUAAUGGCUGGGAACCAGUUAGGCUUGGUCCACAGGUUGAGCCACCACUUGGUACAAAUGCGGCAACGGCUAUGCAAGCUGGGAUUCCGACCCGUUAUCAGAGGCCCAUGACCAGGGCUGAGCUCCCUGGUAGGCAAUAUCCUCUGGCACAGCCUCGACCGGAUCCAUUUACUUUAGACUCUCUUUAUGAUCGUAUGGAGGCAGGAUUUGGUCAGCUGCACGGUUACAUGGAGGAGCAGUAUAAGAUGGUUAGGCAGUUGAUGGAUGAGAGUAGGAGGAGUCAUGAGGCGGAUCAGAGACGACUAGAGGACGGAAUGAGAUACAUGAUGGAAAAUAUGAACAUGGGAGUUCCGUCCUAUUUUCAGCAGUCAGCUCAGCUCAGCUGGGACCAAGUGGCAUGAAGGAUGUGCAGCAAUAUCAGAGUUUUGGUGGUGAUGAAGAAGAAGACUAGUGGGGGGAUGCACCAACAGUGUUAGGAGCUAUAUCUUUUUAUUUUCUAUUUAUGUUGUUUUUAUUCUCUCUGGUCUGUACUGUUAUACUUCGAUACUGGUUCGUUGGGAUGAUUUGGUUGGGGGUUUGGAUGUUGAACUCUAUUUUGCUAUAUUAGUAUGUGUUUGGUUCGUUAUGGUUAUUGUUUAGGUGAGUUAUAGCUGCUUCCAUUCGUGUGUGAGAGUCGAGGUAUUGUUUGCUGAGCAAGUUCGGUAUGGAGGGCAUUUUUGGAAUUGACUGGCACUUUGACAGUCUUGCAAAAUUACCAGCUAAGUCUUUUCCAAUGUAUAUUUUUAUAUAUUAAUAUAUUUCUUUCUGCUUUUA